CAAAAGGACCCAAUCGAAGCAGCGCCUCAUCUCAUCCAAACACCAACAACCACUCUCACCGUACCAAAUGUACGUGCCUUCCGCUUCUCUAUCCGGUUACUCUGUGGCGAUGAACAGCUUAACGGCGAGUUUCACAGCUCGAAUAUGCGCCACGCGCCGCGACCUACUACUCCCUAUACGACACCGUUCCCUUCAUCCUUUCACUACCAGACGCGUCGCCACCAAACUCACUCCUCCAAGAAUCGUUUGCAUGGCGGAACCUUAUCUGAUAACGAAGCUUGAGUCCGCCGAGAAAACGUGGAAAGAGUUAUCGGUCAAGCUUGCUGAUCCAGACGUAGUUUCUGAUCCAAAGGAGUACCAGAAGUUAGCACAAUCAGUUUCAGAGCUUGAUGAGGUUGUGUCCACGUAUAGGAGAUUUAAAGACUGUGAGAAGGUUCUAGAAGAAACCAAAGCUUUAGCGAAGGAUGAUGGCAACGAUGAGGAUAUGGUGGAAAUGAUAUCUUUUGAAAUUGACACUUUGUCCAAGCAACUCGCGGAGCUUGAGGAAAAAAUUAAGGUGUUACUGCUUCCCAGUGAUCCUAUGGAUGCUAGAAACAUAUUGCUUGAAGUACGAGCAGGCACUGGUGGUGACGAGGCCGGAAUAUGGGCUGGUGAUCUUGUUCGAAUGUAUGAAAGAUAUAGUGAAAGGAAUUCUUGGAAGUAUUCUCUUGUCUCAAGCUCUGCGGCAGAAAAAGGAGGAUACAAAACUUAUGUGAUGGAAAUAAAGGGAAAUCGUGUUUACAGUAAAUUGAAAUAUGAAUCUGGUGUCCACCGAGUUCAACGGGUUCCCCUAACAGAAACUCAGGGCCGGGUACAUACUUCUACUGCAACAGUGGCCAUCAUGCCAGAGGCUGAUGAAGUUGAAGUCGUAAUUGACCCAAAAGAUAUUGAACUGACAACGGCACGUUCUGGGGGUGCUGGAGGCCAGAAUGUUAACAAGGUUGAAACAGCCAUUGAUCUCUUCCAUAAACCAACGGGAAUCCGUAUCUUUUGUACUGAAGAAAGGACACAACUUAAGAACAGGAAUCGCGCUUUUCAGUUGCUCCGAGCAAAACUAUAUGAGAUUAAGGUAAGGGAGCAACAGGAGUCAUUACGAAAUCAAAGGAAAUUACAGGUCGGUACAGGUGCACGUUCAGAAAAAAUUCGAACAUACAAUUAUAAGGACAACAGGGUUACUGACCACAGAUUGAAGAUAAACUAUGAGCUCACCUCUUUUCUUGAUGGUGAUAUAGAAGAUGCUGUUCAGUCUUGUGUUACAAUGGAGCAAAAGGAACUUCUGGAAGAACUUGCUGAAUCUGUGGGUGCUCCGGCUGGCUGAUAUGCAGCAGAUUUUGCCCUAGUAAUUUGAAUUUUUUUUGCUGGAGUAAUUUUCACAAUGGAAGAUCUGCCAUAUUGUUGUUUUCCUGAAUGUGCCCCAUCAUCCAAAGUUUGAGACAUACCGUAUCAAGUUGAUUGAUUGCCAAUGUGUAGUAGAUAGGGGCACUUUUACAUGUAACAUUUCAUUAUAUAGUACUCUGUAAAAAUCUGUUUCAUUAUGUAAAGUGAUGCAAUUGACUUUUGCUUUUUGUGCUC